UAAAACCCUGAGAACUCCUGCAGGACGUCCAGGCCAAGCAGGAGCACCAGGAGGAAGCAAGCCACCCUCUGGGAUCUCCUCUGAGCCAUUCCUGAAGCGGAAGCGCAAAUAGAUGCAGAAACGGAUGUUUGUCCUUCUACAGGUACAUUUUCCUCCACCUGUCAUCUGAAAGGCCAUCUCUGAUCAGGUGCUAACAGGAACAGGAACCAGAAAUACAUAAAUUACUGGAAAAAAGAAAUCUUUUUUUGUGUGUGACCAUAUUUGAGAUUUUUGGAGGAUUUUUUUUUUUCUGUUGGUCUUCGUCAGUCCCAGUUCACAGAGGAAGGUCCUGACAACACCAGUUCACAUCUUCUCUGCCUCUCAGAAUCUAAAAAAUGACGGACAGAGAAGGAGGAAACGGUCUGGAAGGCCAAAGCGAACUUGGAGAAACGCGCCGAAAGUUGAAUGAAGACACUGAUGGGAUCUGGGACCUUCUGACUCGGGGAGGGGGCGACGAUCUGUCAGACAAAUCCUCCGUGGUCAGCCAGCUGGAAUGCUCCGUUUGCUGCAGCACCUUCGACAACAUCUUCAGGACCCCCAAGCUGCUGGACUGCACCCACACCUUCUGCCUGGAGUGUCUGUCCCGCCUGCGGACCAUCUCGCCUGCUCCCCAGGUCCUGAAUGGUGAGAGCAAACACUUAACCUGCCCCAUCUGCCGCCGGCCCACCACACUGCCCCCAGAAGGGCCCCCGGCUUUGACCACCAACCUGGCGGUCCUCUGCCAGCUCCCCAGACACCAGCAGCAGGAGGAGCCCGUGUGGCUGGAGGGAAAGAAGCUGUUCUGCAAAAGCUCCAAGGGGGGGUCAGGUCCGGAGAGCGCCCUCUGCGUUUACAUCGGGGAAAGUAAGGCGGUGGGGGGUCCACUCCAAACAAACCAGCAGUACGAGCAGAUGGACAGGAGGUCCAAAUACAAGAAGAGUGUGUUCUGUGUGCUCUGUGUGCUGCUGGCCUUCACCGUGUCCUGGAGCAUCAUCCUGACCAUCUGCAUCAAGUCUGGGAGGACAAACCCGGACCCCAUAGCCGUGGCCCCCCUGAACUACACGCAGGAUUUACCUCCAAACCUGAACGGAUUCACAGGUUGACCGCAUCCACGCUGGAUUACAUCCGUUCCAAAAGAACAGCAAAACUCUGAGGGCAGGAUUUCAGCUUCAACCGUCUCGAUCAGUUUUUUCAACCUUCAGCACUGAAAGAGCCGUUUGGUUCCAUUUCUGACUCGUUUCCUCCAUAAUGUUCAGAAAAAUGAACUUUAUGUUUCUGUGGCCUUUGAGGCUUUCAUUUAUACAAUAGUCCGGGGGAAUACUGGAUUGGCUACAGGAUGUCCAGUAAAAAGUGAUAAGGGAAACUCCUAAAAUAAGUUUGUCACAAAUGUUCUAUAUCACUGGGAAUCAUCCUCCAACAUGUUGAUCUGAUAACAGAUCCUGGUUUCUGUCUGUAAAAGGAAGUCUGGUUGGACCCAGAAUGCAGGUGAUGCUGCAGGUGGUGCUGAUGCUGCAGGUGGUGCUGAUGCUGCAGGUGGUGCUGAUGUUAAACUGAAUCUUUUUCUCCUAACAGGACUCUCUGUAAUCUCACAGGAACGCCUGCAGCUAUAAACUAAAAGCUUCUCUGACCUCCGUUUCCUGAAAUAAAUCUUUCAGUGAUUCCGUUCAGACAGAACAGCUGCAGAAUCACAACAAGCUCCAUCAGUAAAAACUGAAAAAUAACAGCGUCUGCAGGUUCAUACAACUGUUACAUAAUCGGAUUACUAUUUACGAGUCGCUGGUAAGGGGGUGGAUCUGGAGGACCAGGACUGAGCAGAUCCUUCCUAAAUCCAUCAUGAGAGAAUUUGAAUCUCUCUGUAACAAAGUUACAGUAGUCUUACCUAUAGUUUGUUAAGUCAGAAGUACUUUCUAUUUUUCUUGUGCAGGAAUUGUGAGAUCAUAUCCACACAUUGGAUUAUUUGUGUUAUCGUUCUCUUUUGAUGACUUUUAUUUACUGUAUUGUUUUAAAUGUAGUUAACGUGUUUAAAAAAACUUGUUUAAGUAAUUAUUCAAAAAAUCACUAUGAAAAUAAAAAAAAUGAAAAAUCUCUUUUUCAGGCGUCAAAUUUCAAAACCGACAUGCUGUCACUCUGGAAGAUUAAUUUCACCCAUAAUUCAAAGAAAUAUGCAGUUCUCAAUCGAAGAUUCAAUUUGCAAUUAAGAUUUCAAUAUUAGAAUUUCAUUACAAUUUCACAAUAAAAUAAACCAAAUAUCAAAUAAAAUCAGUUACAUUUGACAUUGUUGUGGGUUCUUGUGCCAUAAUUUGGGGUUAGCAGAGGGAGGGCGGUUGACUUCUAAACAAAAAACUGCAGGUUUGAUUCUCGCCACGUCAGAGUGUCCCAGGGACAGACACUGAACCCCAGCGUCCCUCUGGUGGAUAUAGGCUGGCACUGCAGAACGCUAAAUUGUCAAGUGGAGGAAGAAAAGCUGUCCCCGUGUUUACCAUUCAAAGGAAAAUGCAUUUUUUAAUUCCGCAGGACCAGAGGAAAUCAGCUUCAUAUGACGCCAUCAGGGGUUUUUAUUCAUGUGAUUUCAACGCCACAUGCAGCAGUUUGCAGCCCGUACAGCAGAAAGGCGUCUGGGUGGAGCCAGUGCAAAAAGGUAGCGGACCACAUAAGACCACCACUUACUUCAGGUUUGGGGGGGGAGCUGGCAGAAGAACAUCACCAAGUUCAAGUAAAAGUUCAAACACGUUCAUCUCCACAGGUACAGAACACGCUCAUGAGUUCACACGGAUAACAAAAGGUGAGAACAAAGAAAACACCAAACAAUCCAAAGAUUUCAAGAAAAGGAAUAAAAAAAAAAAAA